CGGGAAGGGAGAAAGAAACAACAGAAGAAGAAGAGUCGUCAAGAUGACCACAGAAACCCAACCCGAUCGGAUAGCAUUCUAAGUUUCCAUUUUUUUACAGAGCUUGUUUGGAUCAGAUAUGGCAGUUUCAACGUCAUGCUUGAGUUGGGUUCCGACGUCCGCAUCUAAUUGGAAGCCGAGGUUGCUUCCUUUCAAUGAGCCAUCAACAGCUACUUGUUCGUAUUCUUCCUGUACUACCGUCAUUUGCUCAACUGAGAGAACUUCCCGUGUGGAAAGUCAAUGCAAUAGAAGGCCGCUUCUGUUGGGAGUUGGAGCUCUAGCAACAAGUUUAUUUGCUGCACGUCCCCUAUUUGCUGAAGAAGUCCCGAAAAAUUAUCGAGCAUUUGUAGAUUCUACAGAUGGGUAUUCCUAUUAUUACCCUUCUGAUUGGAGGGAAUUUGAUUUUAGAGCACAUGAUUCGGCAUUCAAGGAUCGAUACCUGCAACUACAGAAUGUUAGAGUGAAGUUCAUACCAACAGAGAAAAAGGAUAUCCAUGAAGAAGGUUCAUUAGAUGAGGUUGUUAACUUUUUGGUAAAACAUCGAUAUGCUGCACCAAAUCAAAAGGCUACCAUAUACGACAUGAAGGAGCGAACGAUUGAUGGGAAAAAUUAUUAUACCUUUGAGUAUAAACUUAGUUCUAGAGCAUACUCCCGCACCUCCUUUGCAACCAUAGCCGUUGCAAAUGGUAGGUACUAUACUUUGAUAGUUGGGGCAAAUGACAGAAGGUGGAGAAGGUAUCGUGACAUGCUUAAAGUGGUUGCCGACUCAUUCAGAGUGUUGGAUAUCUGAGCUGUUUCUAAAGGUUGUAAAUCACUCGGUUUCUCUAUUUUAAAAGUUCCCUUUUCAUUUAAUAUGUAGCACUAUUGGAUAUUGUUGUAUAUAGUUGGUAUAUAGCUAUCUCCCUUGUAAGGUAUAUCUUUUCAGAGCUAAA